AUGAUUGAGUUGCAUGGGCCGAAUCUUGCCAAAUUUGAGUUUGAUGAAUAUCACAGGCAAAUUGUGCUUGCUGAAUGUUUGAAAUUGUCAGAAGCAACCUUUGUGUCAAACUUGAGGCUCAGUGUUAUCAACAUUGACGAUUUUGAGUUGAACUAUGCAUUCCCCAAGCUUCCAACUACAAUUCCUCAUGUGCAUAAACUAGUUGCACUAUUGAAUUUUGCUCAGUUGGUAAGAUUCAGUAACACCCAGACUAGCUUCAUCAAUUUGAGGCAUCUGAACAUGAACCUUGAGAUCUUCAACGAGCCAUAUGAUACAAGUCUGUUUUUGGUAUUGGUUAAUAUCUUGCAAUCAGCGCCUCUCUUAGAAGAAUUGGAACUGCAUCUCGGUCGUUAUACAGGCAGCUUUCCUUCUCCGAGGGUGACAAAGGCUGCACAAGGGCCUCAGCAUCUUCACCUCAACAGUGUCUACAUAUCUGGAUUUUGUGAUGCAUUGGGGCUGGCUGAGGUGACGCUCUACAUGCUUGAGAAUGCUACUGUGCUUGAACGUAUGGUAGUUGAUCCAGUCUCAUAUGGCGAUCCUUACACCGAUAGUAUCUAUUCGGCUAGCAAGGCCGGUAGUAGAAAAGGGGCUUCAUACAACAUCAGGCGGAACAGGGUAUUUGCGAAGGAACACCUUGACAGGGAGGAAUUUGGUCACAUCCUCACAAUUUUGUGAUUAAUAAUGUUAUAGAUGUGGAAGAUCGAUGUAUUGGCAUGGGGGAUAAUCGAUCGGUCAGGAGCUUCCAUCCAAAAGAUUUCCUAAGCUUUUUGAGAAUAAGCGACUGUUAUGUGUACACGCAAAAAAUUCAAGUUGUAUUGUCUGAAACUUUGUUCGCAAUCUGGAUUUACGCUUUUGUUCUGUGUU